AUGAAGAUGGAUAUCACUAUAUCACAAGAACUGAAUGAAAAUCUAUCUAUCUAUCUAUCUAUCUAUCUAUCUAUCUAUCUAUCUAUCUAUCUAUCUAAGCUAACACACACAGACAUCUAUCUACCUAUCUAUCAUGGAUCACCUCGAUUCUGCUAUUUAUCUACGUCUGUUCAUAUCUGUUUGAGUAUCUAUCUAUCUAUCUAUCUAUCUAUCUAUCUAUCUAUCUAUCUAAAGAGUGCGAUGGCAUCCGACUUUUUCUUUCGUCUUCUUCGUUAUCUUUUUCCCUCCUUUCCUCCUCCCCCUCCUCCUCCUUCUUCUUUUUUUAUCAUCUCUAUUUUUCAUUCUCCUUCUUCUUACUUUUUCUUCUUUUACUUUUUACCUCCCUUAUACUUUUUCUUUUUUCCCCUUUCUUUCUGUAUAUUAUCAUGCCUAUUUUUCUUCCUUUCUUUCUUUCUUUCUUUCUUUCUUUCUUUCUUUCUUUCUUUCUUUCUUCUUCUUCUUCGUUAUUUUACCCAUCCUUUUCUUCUUUUUCUUUUAAUUCUUCACUUUCAUUAUCCUUGUACUUUUUCUUCUUCUUUUUCUUCUUCUUCGUUUACAUUUUUCCAUUUUCUUCUUGUUGUUUUACUUCUUCACGUACAUUAUCAUUUACUCUUUUCUUUUUACUUCUUCUUUACUAUCAACUCUCUUUUUCUUUCUUUCUUUCUUUCUUUCUUUUUCUUCUUCUUCGGUAUCUUUAGUUUACCAUUCUUUUCUUCUUCUUUUUACUUAUUCACCACCAUUAUCGUUUUCUUUUUUCCUUCUUCUUCUCCUUUAUUAUCAUCUUUGGUUUUCUUUCUUCUUCUUCUUCUUCUUUUCUUCUUCUUCUUUAUCAUCCUUCUUUUCCUUUCUUCUUCUUCUUCGUUAUCAAUUCUUCAUUUCCUCUUUCUUCUUUCUUCUUUUUCAUUUCUUCCUCCACUUCAACGCUUUUUUUUAUUCAUAAUUUCAAAACUAUCUAUCUAUCUAUCUAAAAUAUCUAUCUAUCUAUCUAUCUUUUUUCAUAUCUAUCUAUCUAUCUAUUGA